AUGUCGGCUUUUCUCGGUAUCCCACCUGCAGUGCUUACAGAUUCUUAUAAGCCUACCCACGCGUUUCUGUACCCUGAAGCUAUCAAGGUUCCUUUAAUAAUAUUUUUUAAAGGUGGCAUUUUCGGGUAUAAUGGUGACAAAGAGGACACUCGCUUAUUAUUUUAUGGGAUCCGAUAUAUAAUUGAAAAUUAUAUUUCUGUGAAAUGGACUUUGCAAGAUGUUGAAUUGGCAGGAAAAUUUUAUGCAACUCAUAAUGUUGGUUACUCUAGCUUUCCUUUUCCAAAAGAUUUGUUUCUCAAGUUUAUUAAAGAAAAUGAUGGGUACUUUCCGGUAAAAAUUGAAGCAUUGCCGGAAGGUACUGCUUGCCAUGUGCAUACCCCUGUUUACCAGAUUACAGCAGAAAAAGAAUAUUCAUUGCUGGUUACAUUCUUGGAAACCUUGAUCACAAUGUCUUGGUAUCCUACGACUGUGGCAACACUUUCACGUCGUGCACGUGAUGUAAUCGAGCAAGCAUAUAAUGAUACCGUUGAUGACGAUGUUAGAGAUCUGACUUUGGAAAGUCGAUUACAUGAUUUUGGUUUUCGGGGAUGUACCUCAAUAGAACAAUCUGUAAUUGGAGGUUCCGCUCAUCUGAUUAAUUUCGUUGGAUCUGAUACAAUGAGCGCUGGUUACUAUAUUCAAUUUAAACUCAAUAAUGGAAACCCUGUCGCCUCUUCCAUUCCAGCGACUGAACAUUCCGUUAUGACUGCGCAUAAAACUGAAAGAGACGCUAUUUUGCGCAUGAUCGAUCGGUUCGGUACUGGUAUAUUCGCUUGUGUAAUGGACUCUUUUGAUUAUGCUAACGCGUUAAAUAAAAUUUUGCCAUCAAUUGCGGCUAAAAAGGUUGAAAAGGGUGGUUUCAUGGUUCUUAGACCUGAUAGUGGUGAUCAAGUAGAAGUGGUUUUGAUGGCACUCAGGUAUAUUAAAUCGUUAUAUGCUAUUUAUGCAUUAAAUGGCAAUGUUGAUUCUGCUGAUAAAGUGUUUGGAAGUGAUGCAAAUAAAAAAGGUUAUAAAGUCAUUCGAGGUUGCAGUGUCAUUCAGGGUGACGCUGUUACCAUCGAAUCCAUGAAAAAAAUUUUGCAUGCAGCUAAAGAAGCUGGAUAUGCGGCACAAAAUAUCGCAUUUGGCAUGGGUGGUGGACUGCUACAGAAAGUACCAAUUGUUUAUCCUAAAGAGGUUUGUCCUGAAAACGAUCCUGAAAAUCUCCUACGUGUGGUUUAUGAUCACGGUAAAAUAAUUGAAUGGGAUGAUUUUAAUACUAUUCGAGAACGUGCGGCUAAAGAAUGGUCAUGUUUACCGCGUUCCUAUGAUAACAUUAGUCCGGAACUUAAAGCGAAAAUUUCAAAAUGCCUUCAGGAGAUUAAAAGUAGAUUGGAAAUGGAAAUGGCAAUGUAA